AUGAAAUUUAUUGAGAAAGUCGAUCUGCAAAGAUGGAUACGCUUUGUAACAGUGCUUGGCUAUAUAUUUUUCGUUUCUCUACCAGCCAUUUCUCUAAGCAUUUAUUACAUCUAUAUAUGGGAUCCAGGAUACAUCAAUAAGUUCCCACCAGAGGUGUUUAACAGCUCUAAUAACCCUGUAUAUAUUGCCCCGGUAAUUCCUGUUCGUCCGGAAAGGGAUACCUCGAACUCGCAAAAGCCAUCUGGCGGUGGUGUGGUCCACGAUCAGGUCGUGGAACAGCUGUGUCCAAACUGCAAGCAUCAAAGCGUUGACCUCGCAACUAUUCUGGCAGAAGGUGGGUCAGAACUUUCCGUCGUUUACAAGCUGAGCUUUAUAUCGCUUAGUACUCGUUUAACAAAUAGCCGGAUCUUUCCAGUUAAUGCGAAGUUUAUGAAAUCAUCCAGACAAUUGCCAUGUCAAAAGUUCCAGUUUAUACUGAUGCACCCUAAUUCAACAGAAACAGCCCAAUCCAUUUACAAAAGUUGUAUAGGUAGACAUUAUCUUGACUAUCAGGCCCUUUUUAUCUUGAUGAGAACUUUCGGUAGUUCCAUGUGAAU